AUGGGAAAGAACGAUGUUGAGAAGCCUGCAAAGUUCGUUGGAAAAGACUUAAAAGAAUACAAGCGACAGUUGAGGCAUGAAACUGGUGAAGUCAGUAUGGUUGAUUUGGGUAAGAAGAUUCAAGUAGACGAACUGUUGUGCACCAAGGACAAGACCGUGUCUUCUACAAGGGACAUGUCAAAAAAGGCUCAUAUAUUUGAACACAACUCUAAGCCUGGUUCUCACAAGAAAGAUGAUAAGGGUUUCAAAAUUGUAAUUGAAUCUGGCAAAGUUGUUGUUACUAAGAGAGGUCUUGAUCCCCUAGAUAUCCCUUCAACCAGUCAUACUUUACCUUUAGUGGAAGAUGAAGUAGAGAUUGAGCCUAGGAGAAGUAAAAGGGCUAGAAAAAAAACCUUCUUUGCAUCCGACUUCGUAGCCCUAGCCGAGACUGAUCCUCAUACUUAUAGAGAAGCCAUGACUUCUUCUGAAGCUCCAUGGUGGAAAGAGUCUACUAUAAGUGAAAUGGAAUCCAUCAAAGAAAAUGAUACGUGGGAGCUGGCAUAUUUACAUCCAGGGUGUAAAGCCAUAGGAUGUAAAUGGGUCUUCAAGAGGAAACGUAAAAUAGAUGGAACUGUUGAAAAAUACAAGGCUAGCUACGGUUCAUAA